GGGGCACGCCGGGAGCGCUUCCGUUUCCGGCGGCGGAGCCCGCGUGAGGCGGCGGGAGCGGCGGAGGGGCCCCGCGCGCCCCCCCCCACACACACCGGGACCGGAAGCGGAAGCGGGAGGCGGAAGCGGAGCGGGGCGGCCCCGCCAUGGCCCUCAUCUGCUCCAUCUCCAACGAGGUCCCCGAGCACCCGUGCGUGUCGCCCGUCUCCAACCACGUCUACGAGCGGCGGCUGAUCGAGAAGUACAUCGCGGAGAACGGCACCGACCCGGUCAACAACCAGCCGCUGUCCGAGGAGCAGCUCAUCGACAUCAAGGUCGCCCACCCGAUCCGGCCCAAGCCUCCGUCCGCCACCAGCAUCCCGGCCAUCCUGAAGGCGCUGCAGGAUGAGUGGGACGCCGUCAUGCUGCACAGCUUCACCCUGCGCCAGCAGCUGCAGACCACGCGCCAGGAGCUGUCCCACGCGCUCUACCAGCACGACGCCGCCUGCCGUGUCAUCGCCCGGCUCACCAAGGAGGUCACCGCCGCCAGAGAAGCUCUGGCAACGCUGAAGCCUCAGGCUGGCCUCAUCGUGCCCCAGACCGUGCCGUCCUCCCAGCCCAACGUGGCGGGAGCUGGGGAGUCCAUGGACCUGGGAGAGCUUGCCGGCAUGACCCCCGAGAUCAUCCAGAAGCUUCAAGACAAGGCCACGGUGCUGACCACGGAGCGUAAGAAGAGAGGCAAGACGGUUCCGGAGGAGCUGGUGAAGCCGGAGGAGCUCAGCAAGUACCGGCAGGUCGCGUCGCACGUGGGGCUGCACAGUGCCAGCAUCCCGGGGAUCCUGGCCUUGGACCUCUGUCCUUCCGACACCAACAAGAUCCUCACCGGCGGGGCUGAUAAAAACGUCAUCGUCUUCGACAAGAGCUCAGAGCAGAUCCUGGCCACGCUCAAGGGCCACUCCAAGAAGGUCACCAGCGUUGUGUUCCACCCCUCGCAGGAGCUGGUGUUCUCGGCUUCUCCCGACGCUACCAUCAGGAUCUGGUCUGUGCCUAACGCCUCCUGCGUGCAGGUUGUGCGUGCCCACGAGGGCUCCGUGACCGGGCUGAGUCUGCACGCCACGGGUGACUACCUGCUCAGCUCUUCUGAUGACCAGUACUGGGCUUUCUCGGAUAUCCAGACCGGCCGUGUCCUCACCAAGGUGACAGACGAGAGCUCUGGCUGUGCUCUCACCUGCGCCCAGUUCCACCCGGACGGGCUCAUUUUUGGGACAGGGACGAUGGACUCUCAGAUCAAGAUCUGGGAUCUGAAGGAACGCACCAACGUGGCCAACUUCCCGGGGCACUCGGGCCCCAUCACCAGCAUCGCCUUCUCCGAGAACGGCUACUACCUGGCCACAGCCGCAGAUGACUCCUCCGUUAAGCUCUGGGACUUGCGUAAGCUCAAGAACUUCAAGACGCUGCAGCUGGACAAUAACUUCGAGGUGAAGUCUCUCAUCUUUGACCAGAGCGGCACCUACCUGGCGCUGGGCGGGACGGACGUCCAGAUCUACAUCUGCAAGCAGUGGACAGAAAUCCUCCACUUCACUGAGCACAGCGGCCUCACCACGGGAGUGGCUUUCGGCCACCACGCCAAGUUCAUCGCCUCCACGGGCAUGGACCGGAGCCUCAAGUUCUACAGCCUGUAGCCCCAGGGGCCGGGGCCGGCAGCUCCCGCUGCAGCGCUGGGGUUUGGGGUGGGGAGGGAGGGUUUCGGGGGGGUUGGGAGGGAGGGAGGGGGUUUCGUUACUCCUUUAGGCUCCCUAUCUCUAGUUGCUGGAGAGGGGAAGUUAGUUGGAUGUCGCCCUCCCUGUGCUUCAUGGAUUUGUUGUUUGGUUUUCUUCUUUUCCAGUUUUGGUGUUUGUCUUUCAGGCUUUGGGUUCUCUGCCGUGGCUGUAAGCGAUGUGCCCAGCGUGCGCGGGUGGGACUUCGUGACGGGUUGUGGG